AUGUCGCAAGCCGAGGAGCUAAGCACUACAAGUAGCUCAUCUGAGGCCAUUGCAUCUGAAAGCCAUAGUACAGAUCUUACUAAACAUCCAACAAGCGAGGUCUCGUCGGAGACACUACUUCUCUACAAGAACUUCUGGUUUCGACGGCAAUUUGUUGACAGGAUUAAGCUUCUCCAGGUGAGAUUCAAGGCUCGCCACGACGACAUUAUCAUUGCCACAAACCCAAAGUGCGGCACUACCUGGUUGAAGGCUCUCGCAUUUACUAUCACCAAUCGCUCCCGCUAUGAUUUUAGCAACCACCCACUCCUCACUCGCCAUCCCCAAGAGCUUGUUAAGACCAUCGAUGUUGAAAUCCCUUUGAAUGGAGACCUCACCAGCAUCGAGACACUCCCAUCUCCAAGGAUCCUUGCCACCCACAUGCCCUUUUCACUGCUCCCAGAGUCCAUAGGCAUCCAUGGUUGCCGAAUUUUAUACAUCUGCCGAGAUCCUAAGGAUGCAUUCGUGUCAAGGUGGCACUUUACAAAUGAGGUAUUUACAGAAAAAACCGACAUUAAUGUUGCAUUCAACAAGUGUUGUGAGGGCAUUUCUGACUUUGGGCCCUUCUGGGAUCACUGUCUCGAAUAUUGGAAAGAGAGCACUGGAAAGCCUGAUAGAGUUCUUUUCCUAAAGUAUGAAGAUAUGAUGCUAGAGCCGGUAAAGUUUGUGAAGACACUUGCAUCUUUCCUCGGUGGCCCAUUCUCCCACGAAGAAGAAGAUGCCGGGGUUGUGGAGGAGGUGGUUAGGUUAUGCAGCUUCAAGACGCUUAGUAGCUUGAACAAUAGUGAAACUGAUGUUGUUGAAAGGGGCUAUCUUGCUGUUAAAAAAUCGGCAUACUUUAGGAGAGGGAAGGUGGGAGACUGGGUGAAUCACAUUAGUGAUGAGAUGGGCAGGAAGUUGGAUUACAUAGUGGAAGAGAAACUCAAAGGAUCUGGCCUUGUCUUUUGA